ACACGCCCUCCCCCCCCGCCCCCCUCCCGCCGGCCCGCGGAUUUAAAGGGGCAGCGGCGCCGGCCGGGAGAGCCAUGCCGAACUUCUGCGCGGCGCCCAACUGCACCCGCAAGAGCACCCAGUCCGACCUGGCCUUCUUCCGCUUCCCCCGCGACCCCGCCAGAUGUCAGAGAUGGGUAGAGAACUGUCGAAGGGCAGAUUUAGAAGAUAAAACUCCAGAUCAACUCAACAAGCAUUACAGAUUGUGUGCUAAACACUUUGAGACUUCUAUGAUAUGCAGAAGUAGCCCAUACAGAACGGUUUUACGGGAUAAUGCUGUGCCAACUAUAUUUGAUCUUACAAGUCACCUGAACAAUCCCCACAGCAGACAUAGGAAAAGGAUAAAAGAGCUGAGUGAAGAUGAAAUAAGAACAUUGAAGCAGCAAAAGAUUGAUGAUGCUUUUGAACGGAAACAAGCAACUCAAGAAUCAAAUGAAAACAAUGAACAAAAUACUGUCUCAGAGGAAGGAGGGGAAGAGCAAGAGGAAAAAACUGUCCCCUUAACACUGGAAGAAAGAGAAAACAAAGAUUACCUUAAAUCAUUAUUUGAAAUUUUGAUCUUAAUGGGUAAACAGAAUAUUCCAUUGGAUGGCCAUAAUGUUGAUGAACUUCCAGAAGGUAUUUUUGCUUCAGAUAACUUUCAGGCUCUACUGGAAUAUAGAAUAAAUGGUGGCGAUGAAGUUCUGAGGAAACGAUUUGAGAUGACUGCAGUCAACCUUGAGUAUUGUUCAAAAACUCAGCAGAAACAAAUGCUUGAGAUCUGUGAAAACUGUGUUAGAGAGGAGACACUGAGGGAAGUAAGAGACUCACACUUCUUUUCUAUUGUCACCGAUGAAGUAGUGGACAUAGCAGGAGAGGAACAUUUGCCAGUGCUGGUGAGGUUCGUUGAUGAUUCUCACAAUCUAAGAGAAGAAUUCAUAGGGUUUUUACCAUAUGAGGCUGAUCCUGAAAUUUUAGCUGUUAAGUUCCACACAACUAUUACUGAAAAGUGGGGUCUAAACAUGGAGUACUGUCGGGGUCAAGCCUACAUUGUCUCCAGUGGAUUUGCUUCUAAAAUGAAAGUUGUGGCUACAAGACUCUUGGAAAAGUAUCCACAAGCUGUGUAUACGCUGUGUUCCUCAUGUGCCUUAAAUGUUUGGCUGGCAAAAUCUGUUCCUGUUGUUGGUGUUUCCAUUGCAUUAGGAACAAUUGAAGAAGUUUGCUGUCUUUUUAACCAGUCUCCACAAUUACUAGUAGAACUGGACAACACAAUUUCUGCUCUUUUUCAGGACAAUGAUGAAAAGGGUAAUGAGUUGAAGAAGAUCUGCCGUUCUCACUGGACAGGCAGGCAUGAUACUUUUGAGGUAUUAGUGGACCUCCUGCAAGCCCUGGUACUGUGCUUGGAUGCUGUGAGCAGUGACUUCUCUGUCAGGUGGAACAACUUCAUUGUUGGUCGAGCAUUUGUACUUUCAAGUGCACUAACAGAUUUUGAUUUCAUUGUCACUAUUGUAAUUAUGAAAAAUGUUCUGUCUUUUACAAGAGCAUUUGGAAAAAAUCUCCAGGGACAAACAUCAGAUGUGUUCUUUGCAGCUGGCAGCUUAACAGCAGUAUUGCACUCUCUGAAUGAAGUGAUGGAGAAUAUUGAAGUUUACCAUGAAUUUUGGUUUGAGGAAGCCACAAAUUUGGCUACAAAACUGGAUGUACAAAUUAAACUCCCAGGAAAAUUUCUCAGGGCACAACAGGGGAACUUCGACCCUGAUAUGACAUCAGAAAAUUACUACAAAGAAAUCCUAAGUGUCCCAACAAUAGAGCACAUUAUUCAAGAAUUAAAAGAUAUUUUCUCAGAACAACAUUUAAAAGCUCUUAAAUGUUUAUCAUUAGUGCCCUCAGUCAUGGGACAGCUCAAAUUCAAUACAUCUGAGGAGCAUCAUGCUGACAUGUUCAAAAAUGACUUGCCCAAUCCAGACACACUUUCUGCUGAGCUUCACUGUUGGAGAAUCAAGUGGAAGCACAGAGGAAAAGAUAUUGAACUUCCAGCUACUAUUUAUGAAGCACUUCACUUGCCUGACAUAAAGUUUUUCCCUAAUGUUUAUGCAUUGCUUAAAGUCUUGUGCUUACUUCCAGUGAUGAAGGUGGAGAAUGAGAAAUACGGACUAGGACGAAAGCGCUUAAAGGCAUACCUAAAAAACACCUUGACAGGGCAAAGGUCAAGCAACCUUGCUUUGCUGAACAUAAACCUUGACAUAAAACAUGACUUAGAUUUGAUGGUGGACACUUACAUUAAACUCUAUCCAGACAAAGUGGAAUUUCAAGACUGUAUUCCUUCAAACAAUUCUGAAGCAACAGAUGAUGCCUAACUUUUUAAGCUCUAACCAAUCUAUUGAAACAGCUUCUUCUUAAUUAAGUUUCAAAGCUGGGGAGAGAAACCGGUGAAAUCUUAACAAAUCACUGCAAUUGUGUUUUCAUUUUAGGUCUUGGGCUGAACAAGCUGUUGUCAAAGACCUAAAUUAUGUGUUAUUAGUCCAUACUAAAUGUGUUUGGCAAAUAAAAUCAAGCCUGACACAAGCCCAUGCUCUUGGCAGAGGUGCUUUCUACAUCUGA